AUGGCAACUUUCGCUUUUCCUCGUGGCGAACCUUUAGUUCCAAAGGAAGAUUGUUCUCCUUUUGACAUAGGGUUCGUUUAUUCUACAAUUUCCAAGGCUUCUCCGGCAGAGAAGUUUCGCUUCAUCAACAAUGUUUGGAAGCCUUCCUUGAAUUAUAUUUUUCCUGCAUCGGUUGAAGCGGCAGGAAAGCUACGAAAGCGUAGACACGAGUGGUUAGUUCGAUUCACAUGGCUUGUGUAUUCAAAGUAUCUCGAUGGCGUCUUCUGUCUUCCAUGCUGUUGUUUUGGAAUACAAUAUGGCAAAAACGCAGCGAGGCUACAGAAGCUUUCCGAUCGCCGCUUACUUUCUGGACAACGGCUGUAA